AUGGAUACCAAUGCUUUAUUGCACUGCUUUGCUGGGACUUUGAAACAUGAUCCAACUAUCAGACAUAAUGCAGAAACACGGCUAAAAGAAAUUAGCAAAACGCCAGGAUUUCUGGGUGCAUGUCUAGAUAUUAUUGCGUCUGGUACUGAAACUUCUGAGAGCAUUAAGUUAUCUGCAUCCCUUUAUUUCAAGAAUAAGAUAAAUUAUGGUUGGAAUGCUUCUGGAAGCUCAACAGGUACAUCAGCUUUUUCUUCUUCAAAUAAGAAUGAAUUAUUGAGCUUCGUAGUGGAUAAUGACGAAAAACCAGUGGUCAAAGAUAUGUUGGUUCAAACCAUGAUAAGUUGUUCCAAAAAUUCUCCUCACUGUAUCCGUAUUUUGAAAUCUGCUUUACUUACAAUUGUUGGCAAUGAAUACCCUAGACACAAUUGGGAUGAUCUUUUACCUAAAUCUUUGGAAUUAAUAUCCAAUGGGGAUUUAGAUUUAGCAUAUAUUGGUUUAUUAUGUCUAUCCGAGAUUUUCCGUACUUAUAGAUGGAAGACUAAUGAUUCAAGACAAGAUUUAGAAAUGCUGAUCAUUAAUUACUUCCCAUCUCUUUUACAAUACGCCAAUGAUUCUCUUUUAUCAAAUGAAUCAAACGUCAAUGAUGAAAGAAUAGGUGAGUUAUUAAGAUUGAUUAUCAAGAUUUAUAAAUUUGUCACUUAUCAUGACUUACCAUUUGUAUUACAGAGAGAUGAACACUUUAUCCCUUGGGCCAACCUAUUCGUUAAAAUUAUCCAAUUACCUUUACCCACUAAUUUUGUAAAUAAAGUUGAUAAAGAAUCAAGAAGCCAUUACUCUUGGAUUAAAUGUAAGAAAUGGGCUUAUGCAAACCUGUUCAGAUUAUUCCAAAGAUAUGCUUGUAAAUCUUUAUCCGGAAGAUACGACUAUGCUGAUUUUAGGGUCAUGUUUAUUGAACAUUUCUUACCCCAUUUUUUACAGGUCAUGUUUCAACAAAUCGAACUAUGGGGUAACGGUUCUCUAUGGUUAAGUGAUGAAUCUUUAUAUUAUAUUUUGAAUUUUAUUGAAACUUGUUCCACCCAAAAGAAAACAUGGCCAUUGAUCCAACCACAUUUUGAAAUCAUUUUAAAAUACGUUAUCUUCCCAUUAUUAACACCAAACGAAGACACUUUAGAGACUUUUGAAAAUGAUCCACAAGAAUACAUUCAUAGAAAUUUAGAAUUAUGGGAUAACGAUUAUUCUCCAGAUUUGGCUGCUACAUCAGUCUUAAUUACUGCUAUUGGAAGACAUCCAUCAUUAACUUUACCACCAACUAUGGAGUUUAUUGUCCAAACUUUACAAACUAACGUGUUGAAUUCAAAUACCACAUUAGAACAAGCAGUUCAUAUUGAAUCUGUAUUAAAAAUGUUUUCAAGUAUCUUGGAUAAAUUAUUAGAAAAAAAAUCACCAUAUCGUAACGACAUAGAGAAUUUGUUAAACACAUUGAUUUUCCCUCUUUUCAAUUCUAGUUAUGGGUUCUUAAAGGCUCGUGUCUGUGAUAUUUGUUCUAAAAUCGGUGAUAUCGAAUUCAAAGACCCAAAGCUUAUCGAAAUCAUUUUUCAAGGCAUCAUGACAUGUUUGAACGAUUCUAGUGAUUCAUAUUUACCAAUCAAUCUUUCUGCAUCCCUAGCUUUACAAACAUUUAUCUCUGAACCUUACUUUAAAGAGACUCUGUCAGGAUCAGUGGUUCCAAUCAUGCAAAAAUUGCUAUCUUUAUCUAAUGAAUUUGAAUCCGAUGCAAUAUCUGGUGUCAUGCAAGAAUUUGUCGAACAGUUUUCUGAUCAGUUACAACCAUUUGGUGUGGAGUUAAUGAAUAAUUUGGUUCAACAAUUCUUAAAGCUGGCCAUAGACUUAAAUGAUGCAUCAAAUAUUGAUCCUGCUACUAUUAUGAAUUCGGAUGAUAUCCCAGAUGAAUCUGAUAAACAGAUGGCUGCAUUAGGCAUUUUAUCCACCAUAAUAUCUAUUCUUUUAUCGUUUGAGAACUCUUUAGAUAUUGUAAAAAAUUUGGAACAAUCAUUUUAUCCUGCUGCUGAAUUCAUAUUAAAGAACAAUAUCGAAGAUUUUUAUCGCGAAUUAAGUGAAUUUUUCGAAAACUCGACAUUUUUGUUACGUCAAGUGACACCAAUCACUUGGAAAGUUCUGGAAUUAAUUGGCGAAGCUAAUCGUAAGGAUGAUAGCAUGAUUUCGUACUAUUUAGAAGAUUUUAUGUUAAUGCUCAAUAAUAUCUUAUCAUAUGGGGGUGAAGAAUUAAGAAAAAAUGGAUUUUAUUUAAAUAUACUUUUUGAGAUUUACGCAGAUUUCAGUAUUACCGAAGAUACCUCAUUGGAUGAAUUAAAUGUACUUUUCGAUCUAUCACAAAAAUUGACAAUUGCAUUAGGCACACAGUUGCCUGAUGCAGUGAGAGAGAAAUUUUUAAAUGACUCUUUACAAGCUAUUUUAACAGAAAAGGAUAUAUUGAAGACUAAUAUUGUGUUUGGCGUUACAUCAUUCAAUGUUAUUUUAGCUAAUAUCGUUUCAGCACCAGCAUUAACGUUAAAAUACUUACAACAAUGUAAUGCACUUGAAUUAUUCUUUGAUAUAUGGUUGAACCAUUAUCUAGCACAUUAUACAAGAACGUUUGAUAUUAAAUUAUCCACAAUGGCAUUAUUAUACCUGUUGACUCAAUUAACCGAGGUUGAAUUGACUAAUUUUUCCAUUGCAAGAAUAUUACCUAAAUUAGGUGCCGAUCUAGUUGAUCUAAUAAAAAGAUACCCAAAAGCUGAACGUGAAUUAGCAGAGAAACGUAAAGAAUAUACAUCUUUCGAUAAUAAUCCAGAAUCUACAUUACACUUCAACGAUGAUGAUGACAACGAUGGCGCUUGGGAUGCAGAUGGCGAUGAUGAGGUAGCAGAUAAUGAGGACGAUUUAAUUGUCCAAAAAUUCUUGGAUGAAUUGAAAAAUAAAGAUGAUUCAGGAUUCCAUAAUACUUUCAGUUUCAACGACAACGGUUCAUUUGAUGACUUGGAAGAAGACCCAUUGACCAAAUCUAUUCUUGAUGAUAUCAAUAUCUACUCAUUAGUCAAGGCCUCUCUAUCUCAUAUGCAGCAAGCUGAUGGGUCAAAGUACCAUGCAGUAUUUGGUCAAUUGACUACAGACCAACAACAAUGCCUGUUGCAAGUAAUAAAUUCCUAA